AUGGCAUCAUCUAUUGAUUGUUUUUUGAAUCUUGAUUUCAAUGGAAGUUCUUUAUUUAUAAAUCAUUAUAAGGAUGUUAUGAAUGUUUCAGUAGAUAUGCUCAAAGCUGAAAUGAUGGUCUUUAAAAAUUGCUUACCCACAAAUUUCAGUUUUGAUGAUGUUAAAAAAAACAUACAAAAAGUAACAUAUCCUAAUUUGUACAAACUUAUUCAGCAAAGAUUUAGCAACUUAUCAAUUUUAAAUAUUGAGAGGGACAUCACAAAUAAUUUAAAAAGUGAACAAAUUUUGAACAAAUUUAAUUUGCAUUCGAGAAAAAUAAUGUUAAAAUAG